AUGGGAAGCUUUCUGACGAAUGGUGAUGAAGAAUUGGAUGAAACGGAGAUGAGAGAGAAAGACAUGAUAAUAACAACCAACCAAUCACCACCUUUGUAUCUGUUACCGUUAGAUGGUGGUCAAUUGAGGCGGGUCGCGUUUGGUGUGACCGUGCCGCCGUGGACGCAGCCUGAGGGAGAAAAUGUGGAGGCGUUCGAAGUAGCAAGGCACAGGGCAUCAGUCACUCAAAUUAGGGCAACUGCGUGUAAUUGCGCGGAUUGUAGGGACAUUUUCAUCAAUUUCAGCCAAUGCGCGGUGUUUGUUGAGGGUCUUACCGACAAUCCUUCUCCUUUUUGCUGCCAGAAAGUCGCUAUUCUAAACUCAAUCGCCAAGCAAGAGAAAGGUGGGGCCCGAAGAAUAUGUGAAUGCAUUGAGCAAUUUCGCAAGUUCAAUGGCAACCUUAAGUACGACGAGUCUCACAUUGAACAACUCCCGGAAAAGGCGUGUUUUUCCACUCCAGUCACACCCGAUGCUAAAAAAGGCAAAGCCAAACUCUCGAAGCGGAUUACACAUGGCUCCCACCUCGUGAAAGGAAAAGCAAAUCAUGCCAUGGAAGAUUGUUUGGUUUCUGAAUUUAAGAUUUUGGGCGACAAUGAGUUGGGUCUUUUUGCAAUAUUUGAUGGGCAUAUGGGGCACGAUGUUGCAAGAUACUUGCAAGACCAUUUGUUUGACAAUAUUCUGAAGCAGAAUGAAUUUUGGUCCGACACAAAGGCUGCGCUAAAAAAUGCGUAUGAGGCUACAGACAAGGAAAUAUUAGAGCAAUCGUUCCACUUAGGGAAAGGUGGGUCGACAGCUGUCACUGCAAUAUUGAUCAAUGGCCACACGCUCGUGGUUGCAAAUGUCGGGGACUCUCGAGCUGUUAUAUCUAGGAAAGGUGUUGCCAAACAACUGUCUGUUGAUCAUGAGCCAAGCAAGGAAAAGAAGUUGAUCGAGAGCAAAGGUGGAUUUGUAUCUAACAUUCCAGGUGAUGUCCCUAGAGUCGAUGGCCAGCUGGCAGUUGCCAGGGCAUUUGGUGACAAGAGCUUGAAGAGACAUCUUAGUUCCGAGCCUGAUAUUGCAGUUGAGACAAUAGAUGAUGAUGUUGAGCUCGUCAUUUUAGCUAGCGAUGGCUUGUGGAAGGUCAUGUCCAACCAGGAAGCUGUGGACUCGAUAAAAAACAUUAAGGACUCACACUCGGCAGCAAAGCAUCUUAUCGACGAGGCUGUUUCUAGGAAAAGCAAGGAUGACAUUUCGUGCAUUGUUGUGAGGUUUCAUUAAAAUCACAUUUUUAUUAUUGUGCUUUGCUUUGUUUAAGGUUUUCUUUUGAUGGAAUCAAUCAAGAAGAUGCAAGGAGAGGUGUCGGUUCGUGUAAAUUGCCGAUAAGUUUGUAUAAUUGUUCGUAGUCCGGAUGUUGCGCGGCGAAUAAUAAGCCAUGUAUAUAAGAAGAUUGUGUUUUGAGGUGUUACCCUUUCAUAUAUACUUGGCCAUUGACCUGAAUUAUGGCCUCAUUUUCUCCAAAAAUGUUCAGCUUUUAGUGAAAUCCUUGGAUUGUUGAUAACUUAUCAGGGCAAACUUGAGAGAUGAAAUGAGGGGGGGGAAAAAUGGCUUGUUUAAUGCAUCAAUGCUUCUUAUUUUAAUUU